AUGAAAUUCAUUGGACUACUAUUCAUUAUACCAUUUGCUUUAUCAUUUCAGAUACCAUUCAGUUUGAAAGAUAUAUUGAGUGAUUCUCAUGGCCAUGUACAACAUUUUUCAAAAUUAAAUCCAAAUGAUUAUCCAAUUGAUUUAUUACAAUACCAAAAUGAUUUAGUCAUAAGAAUUAACUAUUCAAAUAACAAAAACUUGUAUAACUUUUUAAAGACUCAAUCUUCAUUCAGUAAUCAGAGUUUUAUAACUUUUAAGAAAUGGGGUAAUAGCAACAUUCAAAAGACGUUAGAUAUACAAAUUGAUGAAGAGAAUUUAAUAAGGUUAAUUGAAAGAUACCCAACAAUAGAUUAUAAAAUCAUAAUCGACGACUUGUCCCAAAAAAUUUAUGAAACAUAUCCUAGAUUGCAAAACUCUGCAGAAGUUUUCAAUGCUGGUGAUAUUCAUGCAGCUACAGAAUUAUUCUUCAAGGAAUAUAGAUCUUACGAGACUAUUAACUCAUGGUUAGAUUUACUUGAAAGCUCAUACCCUCAAGUUUUGAAAAUUGAAGAAAUUGGUCAAACUUAUGAACAUCGUAAAUAUAAAGUUGUUCAUUUUGCAGCUCCGAAUGAUAAUGGUGAUAUAAAUCAUCAAGAAAGAAAAACUAUAGUUAUAACUGGUGGUGUACAUGCCCGUGAAUGGAUUUCAGUAAGUUCAGUUUUAUACACCAUUUAUCAAUUAUUGAAUUUUUACGUUGAUAAUCCUAAUUCAAAAAUCUUAAAAAAUCUCGACUUUUUAUUUAUUCCAAUUUCAAAUCCUGAUGGAUAUGCGUAUACUUGGUCAACCGAUAGAUUAUGGAGAAAAAACAGACAAGAAACAACCGUUCCGAAAUGUUUUGGUAUUGAUAUUGAUCAUUCUUACGAUUAUCAUUGGACAAAAUCUUCAGAUUGGGCAUGUGGUGAUGAGUAUAGUGGUGAAGUUCCAUUUGAAGCAUUUGAAUCUAAAAUUUGGGAACAUUAUUUAAAUAAUACAAAUAAUGCAAAGAAUCAUAAAAUUUAUGGAUAUAUUGAUUUACAUUCUUAUUCACAAGAAAUCUUAUAUCCUUAUGCUUAUUCAUGUGAUCAACAACCAAGGGAUGAAGAAAAUUUAGUUGAAUUAGCAUGGGGAAUUGCAAAAGCUAUAAGAUUACAACUGGGUACAAAUUAUAAUGUCGAACCUGCUUGUAUUGAUAAAGAUGCCGACUUAUUACCUGAUUUAGGCUCAGGUACCAGUCUUGAUUACAUGUAUCAUAAUAGAGCUUAUUGGGCUUAUCAAUUGAAGUUAAGAGAUUCUGGAAGUCAUGGAUUUUUAUUACCUUCAAAAUAUAUUGAACCAGUGGGACUUGAAGUAUUUGCAGCUUUAAAAUAUUUUUGUACUUUUAUAUUAAAUGAUGAUUAA